AUGGCCGAAAACAUCUACAGCAAGGGAACGAGAGUCUGGUUCGAAGACAAGGAUCAGGCAUGGAUUUCUGCAGAAGUCGCGGCUGUUACCAAGGGCGCUGACGAUUCGAUAAAACUGGCGUUUGUCGAUGAACGAGGCAAGGAAAUUGUCAUUAAUACCACUGGCAAAGAUAUCAAGGCCGGAAAGGAAGGCUUGCCUCCACUUCGAAAUCCUCCUUUACUAGAAACAGCAGAUGAUCUGGCUACCCUGUCCCAUCUAAAUGAGCCUUCAGUCCUGCAUACCAUUCGAAAUCGCUAUGCCCAACAUAGCAUCUACACCUAUAGCGGAAUCGUGCUUAUUGCUGUCAAUCCUUUUCAGCGAGUUACUCUAUAUGGCCCCGAGAUCAUACAAGCCUACAGUGGACGGAAAAGAGGAGAUUUGGAGCCUCAUUUGUUUGCCAUUGCUGAGGAUGCAUAUACCGCGAUGGCGAAGGAGGGCAUGGGCCAGACAAUCAUUGUGUCAGGUGAAAGUGGAGCCGGAAAAACUGAAUCAGCUAAAUUCAUCAUGCGAUACCUGGCAUCGGUAAAUCCUCCCGGAUCUCAAGCCAAAGCGAAGACGAAAUUUUCUCUCGACGAGUCUAGUGAAAUCGAGCGCCAGAUACUCGCCACAAACCCGAUUCUAGAAUCGUUCGGAAAUGCCAAAACAACUCGUAACGACAAUUCUUCGCGAUUUGAAAUUGUCGGCGCCCGAAUCCGGACUUACCUGCUGGAACGAUCACGCAUUGUGUUUCAACCAACGACCGAACGGAAUUACCAUAUCUUUUAUCAACUGUGUGCUGGUGCGCCAUCGAAAGAACGAAAGGACCUUGGCCUUGACACCGACGUGACCAAAUUCCACUAUCUGAAACAAGGAGGGCCGACAUCGACACCGAUAAAUGGAGUUGAUGAUGCGGAGGAGUUCCGGGCGACGCAACAGGCAUUGUCGACAGUUGGAAUCAGUGUAGAGAAACAGUGGGCGGUCUUCCGACUUCUCUCGGCACUUCUCCAUCUGGGCAACGUGAAGAUUACUCAAACACGAACCGAUUCGGUCAUAGAUGAUGCAGAUCCUGCCCUUCUUCUUGCUACUCGCUUCUUGGGGGUGAAUAUGGCCGAUUUCAAAAAGUGGACUAUCAAGAAGCAGAUCGUCACGCGCUCGGAGAAAAUUGUCACCGCUCUCAACGCCACACAGGCGACAGCGGUUAGGGAUAGUGUGGCGAAGUUUGUGUAUGCAUGCUUAUUUGAAUGGUUGGUGGCCAUCGUCAAUGAAAGUUUAGCUGGUGAAAAUGGAGAUGCCGCUGAGCGAGCUGAGAUGUUCAUCGGUGUGCUGGACAUCUACGGGUUUGAACAUUUUCAGAAGAACUCCUUCGAGCAGUUUAGCAUCAACUACGCCAACGAGAAAUUACAACAAGAGUUCAACUCUCACGUCUUCAAACUUGAGCAAGAGGAAUACGUAAAGGAGGAGAUCAACUGGACUUUUAUCGACUUUUCAGACAAUCAACCUUGCAUUGAUGUGAUCGAAGGGAAACUGGGUGUUCUCGCGCUCCUUGACGAAGAGUCGCGUCUACCGUCGGGCAGUGACGCAUCUUUCCUUCAAAAGCUGAGCACCCAGCUUCUGAAGCCUGCCAACAAAAAUGUCUUCAAGAAACCUCGGUUUGGAAAUUCUGCGUUCACCAUUGCCCACUAUGCCCAUGAUGUCACAUACGAAGUUGAAGGAUUCCUCGAGAAGAACCGCGACACAGUUCCUGACGAGCAAAUGGUUUUGCUGGCAUCCACAAAGAACCCCUUCUUGAAGGAAGUUCUCGACGCUGCGCUCGGAUCUGUGAAAGCAGUUGAUCCUCCACACCCCGGGUCACCUUCUCUGUCUGAUUCCGGCAGCGGAGGUUCCCGUCGUUCAUCCAUCAUUCCUGAUCCUGGCCGCUCAUCAUUGGUCGCAGCGAACGCUGGCCCCAAGAGACCAGGAGCUGCUAUCCGGAAGCCCACACAAGGCUCCAUCUUCAAAGCCUCCUUGAUCACCCUGAUGGACACCCUCAGCAUCACAGAUGUCCACUAUAUCCGGUGCAUUAAACCGAACGAGGCUAAAAGACCUUGGGAGUUCACACCGUCUCAAGUUUUGGGCCAGUUGCGUGCUUGUGGUGUUCUCGAAACCAUACGUAUUUCUUGUGCUGGGUAUCCGUCACGUUGGACUUAUGAAGAGUUUGCUGAGCGGUAUUACAUGCUGGUACCCUCAACAGAUUGGCAGCCGAUGAUACAGCGUCUGGAACUUAAGCCUCUCUGUUCACUUAUUCUUGAGAGAACUAUCAAUGACCCUGACAAGUAUCAAGGUGGUCUCACAAAGAUUUUCUUCAGGGCUGGUAUGCUCGCGGCGUUGGAGUCCCUCCGCUCGGAAAAGCUCAACUCUCUUGUUACGAUUGUGCAGAAGAACAUGCGCAGGCGCAUGGCUGUGAAGAAGUACCAGGAGUUACGCCGAGCUACGAUUAAAAUUCAAACUUGGUGGCGUGGUAUCUUGGCCCGUAAGCUCGUAGAGAACAUUCGUAGGGAUUUUGCUGCAAGACGCCUUCAAACCGGUAUUCGCCGCUUCAUUCAGAGGUCCAAAUUCCUGCAAACCAGAAAUUCCAUCGUAUUAUUCCAGUGCCGUAUUCGCGGUGCCCAAGCCCGACGACUGUACAGAGAGAGAAAGACUUCCCAUGCUGCUAUUCUCUUGCAAUCUCUUUUCCGUGGAGUGCUUUAUCGUCGUAGUCACAAGUCGGACGUCAAGCAUAUCAUUCAUUUACAAUCUUGUGUCCGUCGGCGGCUUGCUCGGAAACAACUCAAGGCUCUCAGGGCUGAGGCCCGUUCAGUCUCAAAGUUCAAGGAGAUAUCGUAUCGAUUAGAGAACAAAGUGGUAGAACUCACUCAAACGCUUCAGACACGCACGGAGGAGAAGAAGGCACUACAGGCGCAGCUUAGCGAAUUGGAGAAACAGAUUCAGCAGUGGACAUCGAAACACGAAGAGGCCGACACAAAAGCGAAGUCCCUUCAUAAUGCACUAUCAACAGCCGAGGCUGAACUAUCACGCCGUGAUGAGCUUCUUCUAGCAAAGGCUGAUGUAGAGAAACGAUUGGAGGAGGCUAUCGCCAAGGCUGCGGAGAAGGAAACGAUGAUCCAAAAGCUUUCAGACGAGCUCGUUGCACAGGCAGAUAAGCUGCAAUUCCAGGAGAAGGCCUUUGCCCAUGCCCCCUCACGUUCCGUUGAGGAUGGAUCCGUUAUACUGACUCUCAAGAAUGAAGUCAGUAGCCUACGGGAGCAGCUAAACCGUGCCAAUGCCUACAACGCCCUCACAAGAAAUGCUCGAGUUGAAGCUCCUGUGUCACCGACUUUUGCUCCGGCGUUGCGUAUGCCUGAUUCUGGUGGUCUUUCCAACGGCGCAGCCCUUGUCCCGCCCUCGAGCAAUCGUCAUCAACGAAGACACAGCUCUGCAGGUGUUGUUCAGCUCAACCCAGCCGAAGUCCGCACGUCUGUUGAUGAACUCAUGCUCGACGUCAAGAAGAAUCAAGCUCUCAACCAUCGUGCAGUAUCCGUCGCAUACAACGGCGAAGACAAUGUCCUUCGCAUGCGCAACAACAGCCUGGCAGAUGUUCGCUCAUAUGACGACCUUGCUGAGGAGAAGAUCAAGCUUAUGCAGGAAACCAAGCGACUGGACGAAGAUGUUCUUGUUGGUCUCAUCAGAGGCCUGAAGAUUCCAGCACCGAGCCUCACUAACCCGUCCGCUGUGAAGGAGAUCCUUUUCCCAGCGAAUCUCAUUAGUCUUGUCACCAAUGAGAUGUGGAAAUAUGGGUUGAUACCGGAGAGCGAGCGAUUUUUGGCAAAUAUCAUGGAGUCCAUUCAAGCCCAUGUGAUGUCAUUCAGCGGUGAAGAUUCCAUUAUUCCCGGAAUUUACUGGCUUUCGAAUGUCCACGAGAUGCUGUCGUUCAUCUAUGUGGCUGAAAGCGAUAUGCUACAAGGCAUUGGCCCUGGCGAAGAAAAUGCUGUCCGAGAAUUUGACUGGAAUGAUUAUGAACGGCUUGUCACGGUCGUCAAGCACGACCUUGGCAGCUUGGAGUAUAACAUAUACCACACGUGGAUGCUAGAGACGAAGAAGCGCCUUGCCAAGAUGGUCGUACCCGCAUUGAUAGAGAGCCAGUCUCUGCCAGGGUUCACGACGAGCGAUGGCGGUGGUCGGCUAUUCAAUCGUCUUCUCAAUACAAACAGCCAGCCAGCGUAUAGCAUGGACGACAUCCUAAACCUUCUCAACAUGGUCUGGAAGAGUUUGAAGAGCUAUUACAUGGAAGAUUCAGUAGUGCAACAAGUCAUGGCUGAACUUCUCAAGCUGAUCGGGGUCACAAGCUUUAACGACCUUUUGAUGAGAAGGAACUUCUCCUCCUGGAAACGAGCCAUGCAAAUUCAGUAUAAUAUCACACGUAUAGAAGAGUGGUGCAAAUCUCACGACAUGCCCGAGGGGACACUCCAGUUGGAACACUUGAUGCAGGCCAUAAAGCUCCUGCAAUUGAAGAAGGCAACGCCCGCAGAUAUAGAGAUCAUCUACGAUGUCUGCUGGAUGCUCAGUCCGAUGCAAAUACAGCGAAUGUGUACGAACUACUACGUGGCAGAAUAUGAGAACCCCAUUUCUCCUGAGAUUCUACGUGUAGUGGCUUCACGCGUUCAGGCAAAUGAUCGGAACGAUCAUUUACUAUUGUCUCCGGAGUCGGAAGAAGUCGGUCCAUUUGAGCCUCCCUGGCCUCGCGAAGUGUCUGGCUUGGAGACAUACGUUCCAGCGUACCUCAAUGUGUCUCAUCUUCGCAGAUUAGCUGCAUUAGUAGCUUGA